AAAGUAUUGUAGCAGAUGGGGCCAGGGUUUACCUUGGAAACAGCGUUACGGCGGAGGAACUGGGGGAGGAGGCGUGAGCCAAGCUGGAGUUUAUCACAAUCUCUGGAGACUGAUGAACAAGGGGUGGUGGGGGUGGGGGUGGUAGGGUGUUGGGGGGGGUCCACACACACAGCAGCAGCAGACACACUCCUCGCACACUGUGGGGGGAAGAGAUAUAAAAGGGCUCCCAGCGAGAAAGAGUGGUCAGGGAAGCGUCCGAGUGGCCGUCCUCCAGUUCAUUUCCACACUGCUGUGCGUCACUGAGUGUGUUUACGCGUGUGCACGUGGGUAUCAGAGAGAAGCGUGUCGACUAUUCCACCACAAAGGAAUAAACUUUGACAGUUUUUUUUUUUUUUUUUUCUUUUUCAAAAAGAUAAAAGGUGGUGACUGGAUGGGGGGAGUUGAAGAGUUGCUGAAGCCUGGCUGCUCUUGAACCUGAGAGCGCUGUUUGAUUUCCAGGUUUCUCCGUUGAGUUGUUUACUCCUCUCUCUCUCUCUCUGAGAACUUUAUACUUCCACCACGGGGAGUCAAGAGGUGACUGUUGAGCUGUUUGCACAUUUUGCAUUUUUAUUCUCUUUUUCUGAUUGAUUAUUUGCAGCAGAAUGGACGCCUCGUUUGUAUCAGAUAUGGACUACAAUCAGACAUAUAUGGAUGAUCAUUUUUUCCUUGAGGACCAUAUCGAUGGCUUCGGCAUCACCAUGGCGAUACUCUACUUGGUGGUUUGCAUCCUGGGACUAGCCGGGAACUCCCUCGUCAUUAUUGCCAUUUUGAAAUUGGACAAAAUGUCAUCUUCCACAACCGUGUACAUUUUCAACCUGGCGCUGGCCGACGGCCUCUUCAUGGUCGGCCUUCCCUUCAUAGCGAGCCAGAACUUCCAGAAUCAUUGGAUGUUCGGCGACGCCGUGUGCAAAGUGGUCAUGGUGCUGGACGGAAUCAACCAGUUCACCAGCGUCUUCUGUCUGACGGCGAUGAGCAUCGACCGCUACAUGGCACUGGCCGACCCGCUCCGGUUCGCCCGUUGGAGGACGCCGCGCUGGGCCAAGAUCGUGUCCGCGUUCCUGUGGCUCAUCUCGCUCCUCACCAUCCUCCCCAUGGCGCUCCACUUCUCGGCUGAUCGAGGCCUGUGCAUACCGGACCUGGUUUCGGAUGCCUGGUGGCUCGGCGUCCUGUCUUACACCUUCGUCAUGGGGUUCGCCUUGCCGUUCACGGUCAUGACGGCUUCCUACGCGGCGCUGCUGCUCACCCUGAGGUCCCAGCGGCUCCGGGCGGCAACGCCGAACCCCGAGAGCCAGCGGCUGGAGCGGCAGGUCACCAGGAUGGUGGUCGCGGUGGUGGUGGUGUUCGGGAUGUGCUGGCUGCCGUUUUACACCUUCAACUUCUGCUCCUUGCAUCAAACCGGCCUGGUGUUGACCUUCGCCAGAGCCUUUGAGUUCGUCGUCCUGCUGUCGUACUCGUGGAGCUGCGCCAACCCCAUCCUCUACGCCUGCCUCUCCGACACCUUCAGGAGGCACUUCCGCACGCUCCUCUGUCCCACCGCCAAGUCGUCUCCCAGCAUGCAGUGCAACACCGAACGGUAUGACUUAAAUGACACAGGUGUGCGGGAUGUGACCAUUCUUGCAUAGAGAGAGACGAUGAAAAACUGACUCACCAUUAUACUCCAUUUCCUGUCACGAUGCACCGCAUGAUACUUUUCACCUUCUUAUUUACUCAUUUGAUGGUUUGUAGUUUGAGAUAAUUUUAUAAUUUCUCCACUUAAACUGGAAUGUAUUGAAGUUGUACAUAUUUUCUUGUCCUAUGCGAUCAGAUUUGCGGAAUUUGAGGGACUUUUGUUCACCGCUGUCUCAUAUGUUUGAUCAGGUGUUUGUAGAGAUUGAGAGGUUUUCAGUGCACUUGUGUUAAUUACUCAGUUCACUGUUUGAGUACAGACUGUGCAUCCUUACCCUCUUCUCCCUGUGGAAAUGAAAAAGUUUGCAGAAUAGCCAACAGGAAGAAAAGUACUCAUCAAACAGCAUAAUUCAAAUUGACUUUCCAUAACACAAACCCCUCUGUGUUGACAUAGUACGCGCUCACCUCCUGCUCUGUCUGACUCAGACCUGUUGUACAAUUUGUCUUCCAAUAACUCUGCGACCUGCUCCGCUGCACUUCCUGUCAUACGGCAUCUCACCAGAACUAAUGAAAUGAGGCACAAGAGGGAUGAAGUGUGGACAGGUGGAGUGUAAACAGAAUAACAUGGGUCACAUGCCUGUGGCCAAACACCAACACAAAGACACGCUCAGACAGCUCCUCCACUCCCACAGCUGGAUUAUGUCCUAGUGGCUUUAAGUGUGUGUGUGUGUGUGUGUUUGUGCCUGGGUGGCCAUGUGCAUGCACCUGCACACAUGCAUGCUGGGAAGCCACGGGCGUACUGUGUUAUUUUGCUCGAGCCAGACUUAUUUAAGAGGCUUUCCAUUUUUAAGGAAAGGUGAACACAUUUAACAACACGUUUGCUCUAAAAUGGAUUUCGGCACUUUGGCUUAAUGUUUGCUUUUAGCAUAAAAAAAACUUUAAAAUGUCACCAGUUGAGAAAUUUAAUAGCAGUCUCGGGUUUAGCAUGAUGAGAAAGAAUUUAGACGGACGUGACGGAAAUGCUUUCAUAAAGUCACACAGAGGCAUGUAGUCCACCAAAGUGAUGUUUUCAUGUACAGUAAUAGCACUUACAUGCUUCUCAGUGAUGUGGCUUUGGCUUUAAAGAGGAACACCGACUAAAUUAAGAAUUCCAAUAUGUUAUUUACAUAGCUGAGGAAAGUUAAAUCAAUAUUUGUGAACAUGAGCUCCUCUCUCUCUCAAAGCCAGAAACCAGAGAUCUCAAACUUGUGAAGUCAUAGGGUUUAAAGUCUGGAGCUGCUCCAUAGACAAUGAAUGGGAGGCUGAUUUAGUUUUCCUUUUUUAUAGACGAAAAUGAGCUUUAUUCUAUUGUAGUGUCCUUGGUUGUGAAACAGAAAAUGUAUCCAUAUACUCAGAACAUUUCCCUAAGUGCUGUCAGUGUCAUCCAAAACAUCUUUCUCCAUUCAUUGUCUAUGGAGCGGUUCCACACUUUAUACCCUAUGACAUCACACAUUUGAGUUUUAGCACUCUAGUUUUUGGAUUUUGAAGAGAGUUCUUUAUGCUUACUAAUAUUUUUUUCUACU